AUGGUUGAAUUUGAUGACGUUGUACCAAUUGGAGAAGCACAAGGCCUUUUUGCAGGUUUUUGUGGGAUUUUAGCAACUGACAGCUCUAUUUUUUCAAUUGGCUUUGCCAAAUGGAAUGAUUUACCUGAGUCAUACUUUAACCGCUGCUUUGGUCAAAUUAUAAAGAAAAUGUGCAAGCAAAAUGCUGAAAAUCGGAAGAAACAAACUAUUUCACACAUUGGUGGCUCCAAAUCUAAUGCGAGAAGAAGAGCUAAAAUAAUGGUUGAGACUGGACAUAAGCCUGGACGAGCAGAACUUUAUCUUGCUACUCAUAAGAAAGAAGAUAAAUCAUAUGUUAAUAAAUCGGUAAAAGAGAUUUGUGAUAAAAUUGAACUCAUAGUAAGUCAAAGCACAAUGGAUGAGUCCGAAGUUUCUCCAAAUGAUACUGUUGGUAAGGUACUAGAAAAAGAGCAUUCUGGAAGGCUGAGGUGCUUGGGACUAGGAGAUAUUCCUAGCAGAUCAUUUAAAAAAACACAUUCUUAUUUUGGUGGUAUGAGUUCUUCAAGUAGUAGCAGUUCAUGUCCAUUCAAUUGCCAAGAAAACUACAUUCAAAUGUUAAAUGCUCAAAAGCAAAGUCAAGAGAACUACAAAGAAAUGGUGAAUCCUCACAAUUUAAUGAUGAAUGCUUUCAAGACAUAUAUGAUAAUGAAAGAAGGCACAAUACCUGAACAAUUUGCAGGAUUUUUCACUCCUUCUACGACAAGUGAUGUCUCUAGUGGACCUUUUUUGGAUGGGAAUGGAAGAUCAUCUGGUGAUAGUUAUUCUAGCGACGAUAAUUGA